AUGACACUCACGGCCAAGGCAAUCUACCCCAAUGCGGCGCCUGCAUUUAUCAAUUUUCCGAGUAGAAGAAGCACGGUUCAUAGUACAAAGGGCAUUGUAGCUUGUACUCAGCCGUUGGCUGCAGCGGCUGGCCAAAGGAUUCUGAGAGAAGGCGGAAAUGCAGCGGAUGCUGCUGUAGCAACUGCCGCCGCGCUGAACGUUACUGAACCAAGCUCAACGGGGAUUGGCGGGGAUAUGUUUUGUCUUUUCUACAAUGGGGAGACAAAAAAGAUCACCGCCAUGAACGGCUCCGGCCGUUACGCAAUGAAAGCCUCCUUGGAAGAUGUCCGCAAAGACCUGAAAUUGUCUCCGGAUGAUGCAGGCGCUAUCCCUCUGACAAGUGCUCUCGCUGCCACAACACCUGGUGCAGCAGCAGGAUGGGUGGACACUAUCGAGAAAUUCGGCAGUGGUAAGCUAUCAUUGCAGCAGAUAUUGGCACCGGCAAUCGAAUUGGCGGAAGAGGGAUUCCCUGUUUCCGAGCUGUCAUCAAAUUUCUGGCAAAGCGGAGAGCAGCAGGUCCGCAAUGCAUCCCCCAACUUUAGAGAGAUGCUCAAAAAUGAUGCAUCUGCGAAAGAUGGAGUGAGGGCACCUCUACCAGGCGAGAUUAUGAAAAACCCCACGCUAGGCCAAACAUUCCGGGCUUUAGCUGCAGAAGGCAAAAAGGGUUUCUACGAAGGCCGCGUAGCGAAUGAACUAGUCAAAGUCGUUAGAGACCUGGGAGGGUAUCUCACAUUGGAUGAUUUGAAGAGCCAUGCCGAGACUGGUAGCCAAGAGGUUGACGCCAUCUCAUUGACAUUUAGUGGGCAAGGCGUGGGUAAGAAGCAAGGUCAUAGCAGCCCCGAAGGCGGAGUAGAGAUAUGGGAGCACCCUCCAAAUGGCCAGGGUAUCGUCGCCUUGAUGGCAUUGGGUAUUCUAGAGGAACUAGAGCGCUCGGGACAGAUCCCUCACUUUACGCCAGAGCAACACAACUCUGCAGAAUACCUCCACGCCGUCAUCGAGAGCCUGCGAAUCGCGUUUGCUGAUGCUAGUUGGUGGGUGACGGAUCCGGAUGUUGUCAAGGUUCCCACGAAUGAACUCAUUUCUCGCCCUUACCUAGCAGAGCGUGCAAAGCUGUUCAAUGCUGACAAAGCGACCGAUAUCCUGGAUCAUGGGAGUCCGGCCCAUAACCACUGCGACACUGUCUAUUUUGCAGUUACGGACAAGGACGGCAAUGGAAUUUCGUUCAUCAACAGCAACUAUGCUGGCUUCGGAACCGGCAUCAUCCCCGCUGGAUGUGGCUUCACCCUGCAGAACCGAGGGUCCAACUUUUCUCUUAGCCAAGAUCACCCAAAUGUCCUGGCCCCAGGAAAGCGCCCUUAUCAUACGAUAAUUCCCGCCAUGAUCACUAAUCUGGACGGCUCGCUUCACUCUGUGUACGGAGUCAUGGGUGGCUUCAUGCAACCACAAGGCCAUGUGCAGGUUCUCUUGAACAUGUUGGCAUUUGGCCUCGACCCCCAGGCGGCACUGGAUUCCCCGCGCAUCUGCAUCGGUGCGGGGAUGCCUGAGGCAGGGAGGGUAUUGGAUCGUACAGUCUAUGUGGAAGAUGGAGUAAGUGAGGCGGCCAUCCAAGGACUGCGCAAGCUGGGCCACCGAGUUGAAGUAUUGAAGGGGCACGAGCGGGGUAUGUUUGGGCGUGGGCAAUUGAUCAGGGCGCAUCGGGAUGACGGCAAGUUGAUCUACAGCGCCGGAAGCGACCCCAGGGGUGAUGGUAUGGCGAUCCCGAUGUAA